AAAUAGAACAAAAUUAAUCUUGAGUGCUGUAUUUAAAAAUUAAAUAAUUACUUAAAAGUGUUUUAUUUCAACACAACUUCAAAAUCUGCCUAUUUACCUUGUCCAUUCACUUUUUCUCUGUGAUUUGACGUUUAGCCAAGUAAGGUUAUGGAACAGUUGUCAAGUUAGUCAUUGAUAUUAAAUUCGUACAAAUGUAAACAUCCAAAAUGUUUAAAACAUAUUACGCAGUAUUAUUGGUAUUAUCCUUAAAUUAUAUAAGUUCAUGUUACGGGGACCGAAUCAAAGACAAGAUGUACGUGAACAUAAAAAGCUCGACGGGCUGUUACAGACGCAUGAACGGCACCCACCAAAUCGGCUGCACCUCAAAACGGGGUGGAUCGAGUGGCGUCGUCCAUUUCUGCACCUCCAAAGCCGACCUGCAGUUCAUACUGGAGAACGGCACGGCCGACCCUUACACCCCCAUCGUGCCUGACACGCUAUUAAACGGGGAAACCGUCGAACUACUCCGGAGGAACGAGGAGAAGGUUGCAGGUUUGGUUGUUUACAAAUCGAAUGAAUCUGAGCACUUCACCCACGACCGCCAGUGCCCAGGUGAAAUGUAUGGGGUGCCAAACACUUGCAGCAGCAAUAAAGUCUGGAAUCCCUAUGGUACUGGGCUGCUGUUCCAGGACAUCCCUUUCCCCUUGUUUUAUGUGGAGGAAGAGGAUGAAGUAGCACAGAUAAAAGAUUGCUUUAAUAAGUUCAACAAUUUUACAUUUGAAACGCAAAAGGACAGGCCAUUGUGCUCCCUACAACAGAAUGCGUUCAUGUUCGCCGCCACAAGUACUCCAGUUUGUCGUCGCCGCUCUAACAAACAAACAAACAUAAACCAAGUUAAGUUCUGCGACCCGUUAGGCGGCCACAACAUUUGGUCAAGUCUUUUCCCCGUCGUUUCCGGUCCCAGAAACAACUCGCGACCCAACAACUCGUCCUACAUCAUUGUGGCGACCAGAAUGGACACCACUUCAAUGUUUGAGAAGACCGCAGGUGCCCACAGCCCCGUCACCGGAAUGGUAACUUUAUUGUCCACCGCCAAGUACCUAAAAACCAUUUUCGGCAACAACAGCUUGACGGACGUGAACGUUUUGUUCAUUUUAUUCAACGGCGAAGCUUACGAUUACAUCGGGUCGCAACGCAUGUUGUUCGACAUGCAGAACGGCAACUUCCCGGUUAAAACUCGGGACGGACGCAGCACACUGUUGCCCGUCAUCAAGCCGGAGCAAAUCAGCUUGUUUGUAGAAAUCGGACAGAUAAAACACACUGAAACGGUCUACAUGCAUUAUCUCAAAUCUCAUUCAAAAACUGAGAGUCUUAUUAACAGCUUAAAGAGUUCCAGCACUUUGAAAUAUAUUCCUGUUCCUGAUAGUUUACCGCCGGGUUCUGUUCACACUUUCCUCAAGCGCAAUCCAGAGCUGCCCCAUUUGUUGGUUUCAGACCAUGAAAGUGCUUUUGUUAAUCCCUUUUAUAACUCUUUGUAUGACGACCCCCAAAACAUUGAUUACGAAUAUUACAACACGACUAAAACUAGUAACAAAAUACCAGAUGAUAGCGUACAAACACACAUAAGUAGAGUGGCCACAGACUUAGGCAGGAGCAUUUAUGUGUCCCUGAUGGGGAAGUCUUACACUGGCACUGAAGUUAUGGAUCAAGUUUUGGUCGACGAAUUGUUCCACUGCUACUUGGAUAACCCGAAUUGUCUGGUCCAUGAAGCCAUUAACAUUACUAAACUUCAAAAAACUCCGUACAGUUUGUAUGUGAGCAUAGAGAACAACAGCAACAUCUUAACACCCUUGAUAGCUUUAACUUUGGGUUGGCUGACUGGAGAGCAUGAAGGGCCUGGGAACGUAAAUUGUACAAACAAGCCCAGAAAUUAUGGCUACAAGUAUCUGAAUAUGUCCAAAAGUAUCUACGAACUCAACACGACUUGGUGCUACAAAAUAACGUUCAACCAAACCGAAGCAGUCAGCCCCGCCUUCAUUAUUGAAGAUUACAACUGGACUUCAGGAGAGUACAGUACUUGGUCGGAAUCGACGUGGGAAGACAUAAACAUGAGGAUGUUCUUGAAGCCAUCACCGGUUCAUGAAAAGUUGACGAUUACUAUCGGUUCAUUGUCUAUGAUUAUUUCCUUUUUCAUAGUUUAUUUCUUCAAAGCACGAUCCCAUUUACUUUUCAUGCCUGUGGUGCCUAAUGAGUCACCCACAGAUUGUUGAUUGACUGACGAAAAUUAUUGUUUAUAAGACUCCCCCUUUUUAAAUUAUUCCAUUAGUUUAAUUUUUAUUAAUAGUGUGAUAUUUGUAAUAUAUUUUGUAAUAUGUUUUACUAGGUUUAAUACACAGUUUUUUAACCUAAUAAAGAUUCUAGAAAUUAAA